AUGGUUCAAUUUAGCGAUGUUCCUGUAGUAGGACAGGUUGGAUAUAUUGAAGUCAAUACUGCAUUCCAAAACGACGUUUCUCCUCUAAAAGUAGAUCUUAUCUAUGGAACUUUCAGAUCGGAAGAUGGUAGCAUCUAUUUAUUACCUGUGGUUAAGAGAGCAGAAAACAUGGUUGUAAAUGACACUUUGAAUCACGAUUACUUAUCACCUACAGGAAUUGAAGGUUUUUCAAAAUCAGCAUGCCGUUUAUUAUUAGGCGAUAUUGAAAAGCUGUGGAAUGACGGAAAAGUAUUUGGUGUUCAAAGUAUUGGUGGAACCGGAGCUUUAAAAAUAGGAGCUGAAUUCUUAUCACGGCAUAUGAAUUGCACAACUGUUUAUUAUCCCGAUCCGUCAUGGGAAAUGCAUGGAGCCGUGUUCUCAUUUAGUGGAUUUCAAAAUAAAAUACAAUAUCGUUACAUGAAUAGGGAAACUUUAGAAAUUGAUUUCGAAGGACUUUGUGAAGACAUUUCUAAUGCACCCGUCGAUUCUGUAGUAAUAUUGCACGCAUGUGGUCAUAAUCCAACUGGUUUGGACCUGAGUAAAGAACAGUGGAGAACUAUAGCUGAAAUUAUGAAAGAACGUAAAUUGAUACCGUUCUUUGACAUUGCCUAUCAAGGAAUGGCGUCUGGAGAUAUUGAAGAAGACACCUGGGCCAUUCGUCACUUCCACAGUGAAGGAUUUGAAUUUCUAUGCGCACAAUCAUUUUCCAAGAUGUUCACUAUGUAUAACGAACGGGUUGGCAACUUGACGAUUGUACAAAAAUCUGGUCACAACAUUGGAAGUCUUAAAGUCCACAUCGAGAGAAUCGUUAGAAGUCUCUACUCUAGUCCUUCAAAUCACGGCGCUAUGGCGGUUUUCCAAAUACUAUCCAAUCCUGAACUUUAUGACGAAUGGUCAAGCAGUUUCAAAGCCAUGGCUGCUCGAAUGAUAGAACUGAGAAAAGCUUUUCGAAAAGCUCUCGAGGAAGAAGGCGCUUUUAGAAAGUGGAACCAUAUAACAGAUCAAAAGGGAAUGUUUAUAUUGUUACAUUUGACAGAUAACCAAGUGGAAUAUUUGAGAAAUUUUCAUCACAUAUAUAUGGUAAAUUCUGGACGGGUAAAUGUUACUGGAUUGAAUUUCACAAAUAUUAGUUAUGUUGCUAAAGCAAUUAUUGAUACAUUGAGGAAGAACGUAUAA